AUAAUGUCUACUCCGAAAGGAGACACACUGCCUGUCACACACACAUCAGUCCAGUCUACAAUACUAUCCAGAUCUCUAUCCAGAAUGCUCUCCCCGGUCCUCCUCUGCGGAGUAGUACUCCUGCUGCUGGCACAGCCCGGCAGGGGCUUCAUCAUCACCGUGGACGCCCACGAGACGGACUGCUUCUACGACAAGGCCAACGUGAGCGACAAGGUGACCAUCACCUUCGAGGUGAUGGAGGGCGGCUUCAAGGACAUCGCCGUCAGCAUCUCGGGGCCCAACUACGACAGCCUGCACCAGUCCGAGAAGGAGACCACCGGCAGCUUCACCUUCUCGGCCAUGCAGGAGGGCCAGUACGAGCUCUGCUUCGACAACCAGUUCUCCACGAUGACGCCCAAGGUGGUGAUGUUCAAGUUCCAGGUGGCCCGGGCCCUCGACUACUAUGUGGACCCCACCAAGCGCAAGGACGACGUCAUCGAGCAGGCCAAGGCCCAGAGCAUGAUCAACGAGCUGUCGGGCAAGCUGGGCGCCGUCAAGAUGGAGCAGGAGUACAUGCACUUCCGCUACCGCGGCCACCUCGACGUCAGCGACAGCGUCCAGUUCCGGAUCCUGGCCUGGUCCAUCUUCGGUCCCUCCCUCCUGCUGGUGAUGACUGUCCUGGAGAUCAUCUACAUGAAGCGCUUCUUCGAGGUCAGGCGGGUGGUCUAACCCGGUGGACAAGUUGAAUUAAACCGUUCGCCCUUAAA